CAAAGUGAUAGCAUAGAUUUUAUGUACACCUAUAAAUUUAUUAAAUAUUAAUUUCAAAUAAGUCUGUAAACUGCGCUUCAUUUUACCAAAUAGAUACCUAAAUAGCCUUUUUAUUGUAAUACAGUUAAAAUAUUGUUAGUGCUAUUAUGACCGCGUAGAUGCGUAUUUCAACAAGUACUUAGGAGUUCAGGACAACUCCUAAAAUUGCUCGGCAUUUUGCGACCUGAAGAUUUGAAAUCGUUUCGCUUUGUCUCCGCUGGAUACUGACCCGACGGCAAAUAUGUCGGGUGACCACAAAACCUUGAUAAAAGGGAGCCCAUCCCAAUAUGUGAAGCUAAAUGUGGGCGGGACGUUAUUUUAUACCACCAUCGGAACCCUGACGAAGAGUGAUAACAUGCUCAGAACUAUGUUCAGUGGCAGGAUGGAAGUGCUUACUGACUCGGAGGGCUGGAUAUUGAUUGACCGCUGCGGGAAGCAUUUCGGUACCAUACUGAAUUACCUGCGCGACGGCACGGUGGCACUGCCAGACAGCUACAGGGAGAUCAUGGAGUUGCUGGCUGAAGCCAAGUACUUCCUCAUUGAAGAGCUGACCGAGUCCUGCCAGCAAGCAUUGCAGAAGAAAGAAAGGGAGGCUGAACCUAUAUGCAGAGUGCCCCUCAUCACAUCCCAUAAGGAGGAGCAGCUUCUUAUCAUGUCUACUUCUAAGCCUGUUGUGAAGCUACUAAUAAAUCGUCACAACAAUAAGUACUCCUAUACAAAUACGUCGGACGAUAACCUGCUGAAAAACAUUGAACUGUUUGACAAACUCUCGCUACGCUUUAGUGGAAGAGUGCUCUUCAUCAAAGAUGUCAUUGGCUCUAACGAAAUAUGCUGCUGGUCAUUCUUCGGACACGGCAAGAAAUGUGCCGAGGUGUGCUGCACAUCCAUCGUCUAUGCAACUGACAAGAAGCACACAAAAGUAGAGUUCCCGGAGGCUAGAAUUUAUGAGGAAUCUCUUGGCAUUUUGUUGUAUGAGAGCCGGAAUGGGCCUGACCAGGACUUGAUACAAGCGACGUCGUCGCGGGGCGCGGUCGGCGGCUUGUCGUGCACCAGCGACGAGGAGGAAGAGCGCUCCGGGCUCGCGCGACUCAGAUCAAAUAAGCAGAAUAAUCAAUCUUAGCGGUUACAGUCGGGCUUGGCGCGCCUUCGUAGCUCUAAACGGACGAAUGUCUGAUACCAAGCCGGUUUCUUCUUGCCCUUUUGCUGGCUGCCGUGCUUUGGUCUUUAGGAAGUUGUAAGCUGCGCCCGUCCUACGGGCCCUUUCUACACCUUGUGAGCUCUCUUUGAGAUGUGAAUGCAGAAGGAAUGAAAGCAAAAGAGGCAAUUUUGUAUUCCAAAUAAACUGGCAAUUAUUUGAUGGACAACUUUCUGUGUCUACAUGUCUUUGUGUUUAGUGAAUAUAAAGUAUAAAGAAAUAGUAUGUGUUAUGAAGAAAUAGUGCAAAAUGUGACAUAGACUAUUAUAAUUAUUGUAAAGUCCAAACAAAAGUAGUGUAAUGAAAUGUCCAGUAUACGAUUUUAAAUAAUUAUAGUAUGAACUUGUAACUAUUGCUGGAUGCUUUAGUGUGCAUGUUUGUUGUAUUGUAAUGAAAUAUUUUCCAUUUCAAUGUAGGUGUUUUAAAGAUGUAUGUCUGUGUGAUGUCUUAUCUUAUUAUUUAACCCGGCAAAAAGGAUGGGUGUACCGCUGUAAACUAUUACCUGUAGAUGGUUUAGACUGCUACAUCCAACAGUUGUUAAAAGUCUGGCUUUCGGUUUUUGAAUGCGCGAAGACACGCAAGUGUAAACGCGCCCUUAUGCUAAUAGACCCAUUCCCAUACUAGCGUCUUUUAAGCGUCGGCGUCAGUCAGCUAUGAAAGAUGGCGUCGUUGCGUAGUUGCGCCAACGUCGCGUUGAGGAGCAGUCAUAGAGUUAACUAGACGCCGACGAUCGGGAGACGCUAGUGUGCCGUCUUUAAUAGUUGUCAUCAAGUGUACAGUCAACCUCAGAUACAUUUGACCAUACUUGUACAUGCAUGCAUAGCAUGAAAUAUGUUGUACAAGCACUGUUCUACAUACCAUAACAGUAUAAAUUAUAUGUUAAGCUUAAUUGUCACUUACACAGCUCAAAUGUAUUGCCAAAUGGAUGUUUAGAAAAUAAGGUCAUAUUCCUGUAUUUACUUAGAAACAGCUCACAACUGCACCCAAAUGUUUGUAAGACAGUUUAUACAAUCAAGACCAAUAAAAACUGGUAGUUUAGUAUAGAAAUUCAGUGCAAAUUUUUUUUAUUACUUGUGUACUGCAAACUUGCCAGACAAUAUAGAUAGUUGACAUGAUUAGAUUCUAUUCACACGAGUGUGACAGUGCCAGUGAUUACUAAUUCGUUGUAAUAUAACAUUUGACAAUGUUAUAUCAUCCUAAGGCACAAUGUUAUGGAAUAAAUACCAACAAUACAUAGUCUAGUCGAUUUAUGUUUCAUGUUCUAAAAAGAUUUAUUAAAUAAUUAAUGUGUUAAGUCAUUUUUAGAAUGCACGCCCCUCCAUAAUACCUCUACAUCCAUAGUAAUGUUUUGGACACACACAAACACUGAUAAUUUUGCGCUGUUUGUGUGCGUUGUGAGAUGUGUCUAUGUCUAUAAAAUUAUACGUGGGUGUUUGGGCACAGAUGCAUGGUAGGGGCGCGCACUUUAAAACUGGUUUAUCCCUAAUUGAUGUUUCAUAGAAACAGUGUAGAAUCCCUCACGAAAAUGGCCAAUUUGGUUUACAGCCCAAUGGUGUGAAAUAUUAAUCUGAAAAUGAGUCCUCUGACUCAGAUCUAGAAUUAGAAUUUUAAAGUGGGUUACACAAUAAAUCCAUUCAUAGAAUCUGACUUUUUAGUCGAGAGGUCCCUUCUUUGGUCGGUUGUCAGUAAGGACAUUAUCGAAUUAAGUAUUCAUGCCUAUUGAAUACUAAACGAGGAAUAAAGUGUAGGAAAUUUGCUUCGAAUUUGUCACUGGAUGGACCUUUGCUAUGCGGUAGUUCUGGUUGUCAAAAGUUGAUGCUUGAGAGGUCUAAUACCACUAACCAUGGCGCCAUCUAGUUCAGCUGUAAAACACGGCACAAUUCUAUCAAAAUAAUGAAAGCUUUUAUUCUGUAAUUACCCACACUUGUAUAAUCUAUUGUAAUUCCAUUGGUGUACGUAAAUUGAAGUAUUGUAUAAAAUCUGUUCUAUUUAAAAACCUAUUUAAUUUUUAUGAAGUAAUUAUAUGCUCACUAUUUAGCUGUC